AUGUAUAAAUUUUUAACAAAAUCUAGAAUAUUAUUUAAUAGAAGCUAUACAACUAUUGGCAAUUCAACAAUAGCAACAAUAACAAAACCAAGAACAACAUCAAUAUAUAUUCAUUGGCCAUACUGUAGUAAGAUAUGUCCGUAUUGUAGCUUCAAUAAAUAUAUGGAUGGUCCACAUGUUGACCAUUCAGCUAUGAAACAAUCGUUCCUAACAGAGUUGAAUCAGAUCGUCAAGAAAUAUUAUGGAGAAAAUGGUAGUGAUUUACCGAAAUUGACAUCUAUCUAUUUUGGUGGUGGAACACCUUCUUUGGCACCUGUAGAUACCAUUACAUCUAUUGUAAAUGAAUCAUUGAAACUUUUCAAUGUAGACAGACAACAGCUACUACAACAACAUCAGAACGACAAUCAUGAUCAUUCAUUGGAGAUUACACUUGAAGUCAAUCCAGACAAGAUUGACAUUGAUAAACUUUCUGAUUUUAAAAAUCAUUCACUUAUCAAUAGAGUAUCACUAGGUGUACAAGCAUUCAAUGAUAAAGAUUUAAAAUUCUUAGGUAGAACUCAUACAGCUAAUGAUGCAAAACAAGCAAUUUCAAAAUGCAAUCAACUAUUUAAACGAGUAAACUUUGAUUUAAUAUAUGCAAGACAUCAAAAUCAAACUAAAGAACAAUGGAAACAAGAGAUAAACGAAGCAAUAGAUCUAUGUGAAAGAGGUCAUAUCUCAUUAUAUAGCUUAUGUUUUGAGGAAGGAACAAAAUUAAAUAAUAAGAAAAAUAAUCAGAUUAUACCUGCGGAUCAUGAUUUAAACUUUGAACUCUAUGAGAUUGCAAAGCAGCAAUUGGAGAGAGCAGGUAUCAAUCAAUAUGAAAUCAGUAACUUUUCAAGAGAGAAUCAAAGAAGUAGACACAAUCUAAACUAUUGGAGAGGUGGUGAUUAUAUUGGUAUUGGUCCUGGUGCAUGCUCGAGAAUAACCAAACUGGAUGGCACUAGACACAGUUUGAAAUGUGUAUUGCAUCCGAGGAGUUGGAUCACUCAGGUGACGGAUACCGGCGAUGGUCUUGACACCGUAGAAUCGAAACAACUGACAAUCGAAGAGAGAGUCAAUGAAUUACUUCUAAUGGGACUGCGAACCGUUGAAGGUGUAAAUAGAGAAACAUUCAAAUCGAUAACCAACGGCAAAGACAUAGAGGAUGUACUCUCCGCCACCAAACUUAAAUAUCUUAUUUCAAACGGAAUGUUAUCACUAGAUAAUAAUAGAUUAUGUUCAACAACCAAAGGAUUUAUGUUAUUAGAUAAAAUUAUAUUAGAAAUAUGUUUAUAA